AUGUCAGAAUUCGACGUGGCUGGUAAUGUGUUUGGUGUCAUCAGCCUCGGCAUCCAAGUUUCUGCUGGCUUGUUCAACUUCAUUCAGGUUGCCAGAGGCGCGCCAAGAGACCUUGAGACAGCUCAUAAUGACAUCCUGGCUUUGUGCGCCAUUUUGGACGAAUCCAGUCUUUUGCAGACCGAUCCCAUUGAGGAAAUCGAGAUUGACAAGAAGGAGGCGGAGGAGAUCAUUCAAAGGCUUAUGGCAAAAUGGAUUGAGGAUUAG